CCCCCCGAGGUCACCGGGACCCACCGGGACCCCCGUGCCAACUUCACCCACGGGCAGCGCGGAUUCCGGGGCUCUGCAGCCCCCGUGCCAGCCUCACCGCGGACCCCGGGGCUCUGCACAGCCCGCAGACCGGCGGUGAUGGCCCAGCCGUCGCACCUCCGGGGUUACGGGCUCUGAGUGCCGCCUCGCUGCUGCAGCCAUGGAUGCCAACCUGCCGGGCACCUUCCUGCUCAACGGCCCCUCGCUGGGCGCCUUCCCCGAGGCCAAGGCGCCCGUUUGCCAGUACUCAGUGCAGAGCUCCUUCUACAAGCUGGCACCCCCGGGGCUGGGCGCCCAGCUGGCUGCGGGCACCCCGCACGGCAUCUCCGACAUCCUCGGCCGGCCCGCGGCGGCGCCGAACGGCGGCAUCCUCCCCGGGUACCCGCACGCGGGCGGAUUGAACGGACUGAGCUCGCCGGGCGUCUAUUACGGGCCCCAGGUGGGCGCCCUCCCCAAGGCCGGGGGCGAGUACCUGCCCAGGGGCCGGAGCUGCUGGGCGGAGGCGGCCCCGGAGUGGCGGGGCGGCCGGCAGUGCGGCGGCCCCCCUGCUCACCUGGCUGACAGCAUCCACAAGAAGAAGCACACGCGCCCAACCUUCACAGGACACCAGAUCUUUGCUCUGGAGAAGACAUUUGAGCAGACCAAGUACCUGGCGGGUCCGGAGCGGGCACGGCUGGCCUAUUCCCUGGGCAUGACCGAGUCCCAGGUGAAGGUCUGGUUCCAGAACCGCCGGACCAAAUGGAGGAAGAAGAGCGCCCUGGAGCCCUCCUCAUCCUCGCAGCGGGCGGGGGGCUCUGGCGGAGAGCGGGCGGCCUCCGAGACCGAGGACGAUGAGUACAACAAACCCCUGGACCCGGACUCGGAUGACGAGAAGAUCCGGCUGCUGCUGAGGAAGCACCGUGCAGCCUUCUCAAUGCUGGGCUUGGGCACUCACAGCGGCUGAGCAGGGGCACAGCCUGGCCCCUCUGAACCCCCCUGAGCAGCACAGAGCCCUGCCUGGCUGCUGGGAUGGGAUGGGAUGGAUGGAUGGAGCUGCAUGGGGAGCUCACAGGGCUGGGAGCAGCACGCUGGUAGUGGCAGGUGCAGCUGUGCCAUUGAUGAAAUAAAGGUGCCAGUCAAGUCCCAGCACUUGUUUUGUGGUCCAGGGUGGCCUUGUGAGGCUGGGCUAGAGAAGGGUUGGGGAUAGGAUGGAUGGGGCAGGGUCUGGUGCUGCCUGUGGCACAGGAGGUGCCCACAGAAGAAGGGGAGCCCUGGAGAUUUUCCCAGGGUGUGACCCAGCAGCAAGAGCUGCUGGUUCAAAAGUCACUCACUGGGGCCUCUUACUGGAAGCUCUUAGCAGCAAAUAAAUAUCAUUUAUCUUAACAGUGUGAGUGAGAGCCCAUUCACCUGUCGGGGCUGCAGGAUUGAUGUGGCAUCAAUAGCCCCAGUGUGUUUGCCUGCCAACCUGUUGGGUGCCCCCCUGCUCUGUGCUGCACCCCUGUGCAAGGGGGGGCUGCACAUUCAGAUAUUUGUGUGCACAUGGGGCUGCACACCCCCUGUUCUAGCUCACCAGUGGCAUGCCAGCUGUGGGUACCAGCUGUCCUUACCUGCUGAGGACACCAAAGGAGCUCCAGCUGGCACAGACAACAAGCUUGGCAGUUGUUCAGCCAAGAGCCAGCUAAGUGCCAGGCAGGUGUGAGCAAACACGUGGGCUGUGUCUUGGAAGGAAAUCGAUAGCAGAUAAGGCACUGAUAGCAGCAGAGGGGCAGGAGUGGGGCUGGGGAAGGGCUGCCCCUCCCUGAGGCUGCAGGCAGCACCCAAAAUGUGGCUGAGUCCACACUUGGGCCACUGGGAUCUGAGCACCAGCCUUGUGUGGGGCUGCAGAUCAUUGCUGUACAAGGCUCACACUUGGCUUAAAGCCCUUUUCAGUCUCUCACUGGGCUCUGGGCACUUUGCAAGGAGCUCUGAGUGCUCAGUGCCACUUUUGCAGAGCUUAGGGCACUGCUGUCCCUGCUCAGGUCCCUGUCCAGCCCCUGCAUUAUGAGGGGCUCACAAUGCUCCCCCCUCAGCCCCUCUGCCUCCAUGGGACGGAUGCUGGGCCAGGACAGAGCUGAUGGAGCUUUGGGAUGGCAGGGAGCUCCCAUGGCAGCACGGUGGCAGUGCCACCAGGAAGGGACACAUCGCUCUGGGGACAGAGCCAGCACUCAGCAGCAGCAGGUUCCACAUGGUGGGAGAAGUGAGGGGCUGCUGCUGCUGGGAUAUUUUUUUAACAUUUUCUAAGCUGCCCCCAGCUCGGCUGACAAUUUUUAAUGUACUAACUGCCUGGUCCA